GUAGCCACGGCGUAGAGAACCGGAGCACAACAUGUUGGAGACCGUAACCGAGCUGCACCCCGCCAGAGUUAACUUUUUAAUCCCGGUUUUGUCGCGUUAUCACGCACAAGGAGAAGAGGAGGAGGCGGAGGCGGCGUCCGGAGGAGGUCCGGGGGAGACAGACAGAAAAAGGGGGGCUAACACAAGUCAUGAGGUUUAAAGCCGUGAAGUGAAAAGAAGCCGGAGCGUCUUCUACUUGUUAACUUAAAAAAAAAGAAAAAGACCGUUUGAUAUUUAACUGAGUGGAAGAGGAGGAGGAGGAGGAGAAGAAGCCCGGAGAAGCGACGUGAAAAGCGGGGUGUUGCAAGAUGCAGCUGGCCGCGGUGCUGUGGGGCUCCCUGGUAACUUUGCUGCUCAGCCGGAGUGCAGGAGUUCAGGGCAGCGCCGAGUGUUCGUGUGGGAGGAACCACUUCACAUGUGCGGUCAGUGCAUUCGGGGAGUGUACCUGCAUCCCGGCCCAGUGGCAGUGCGAUGGAGAUAAUGACUGCGGGGACCACAGCGACGAAGAUGGAUGCAUGCUUCCCACCUGCUCGCCUCUGGACUUCCACUGCGACAACGGGAAAUGCAUCCGCCGCUCGUGGGUGUGCGACGGCGACAACGACUGCGAGGACGACUCCGACGAGCAGGACUGUCCUCCCAGGGAGUGCGAAGAGGACGAGUUCCACUGCCAGAACGGCUACUGUAUUCGCAGCCUGUGGCACUGCGACGGCGACAACGAUUGCGGGGACAACAGCGACGAACAGUGUGACAUGCGUAAAUGUUCAGACAAGGAGUUCCGCUGCACAGAUGGCAGUUGUAUCGCCGAGCACUGGUACUGUGACGGAGACACGGACUGUAAGGACGGAUCGGACGAGGAAAACUGCCCCUCAGAUGUGAUGACAGCCACCUGCAGCGUGGAGGAGUUCCAGUGCGCGUACGGCCGCUGCAUCCUGGACAUCUACCACUGCGACGGAGACGACGACUGCGGAGACUGGUCGGACGAGUCGGACUGCUCCUCCCACCAGCCCUGCAGAUCAGUUGAAUUCAUGUGCAGCAGCGGGAUGUGCAUCAACGCCGGCUGGAGGUGCGACGGCGAAUACGACUGCGACGAUCAGUCGGACGAAAAGAACUGCACCACGUCCAUGUGCACGACCGACCAGUUCCGCUGCGGGACCGGACGCUGCGUCAGGUUGUCGUGGAGAUGCGACGGCGAGGACGACUGCUCCGACCACAGCGAUGAAGAGGGCUGUGAGAAAACUGACAGUCCUCCAUGUGCUCCCGAUCAGUUCCAGUGUGGGAACGGACGCUGCAUUGGUCAGAGGAAGGUGUGCAACGAGGCCAACGACUGCGGAGACGGGACGGACGAGCUCCCGCACCACGACUGCCGUCCGCGCUCCAGUGAGGGCAACUGUAACCAGAAUAACGGAGGCUGCUCCCAGAAGUGUCAGAUGGCCAGAGGACUGGUCCAGUGCACCUGUCACACCGGAUACCGACUGAUGGAUGAUGGCAAAGCCUGCCAGGAUGUGGACGAAUGUGCUGAAGAAGGCUACUGCAGCCAGGGCUGUACCAACACGGAAGGGGGCUUCCAGUGCUGGUGCGUUCAGGGCUACGAGCUCCGACCCGACAAGCGCAGCUGCAAAGCUCUGGGUCCAGAGCCAGUGCUGCUGUUCGCCAACCGCAUCGACAUCCGCCAGGUUUUACCGCACCGCUCUGAGUACACCCUGCUACUCAACAACCUGGAGAACGCCAUCGCCUUGGACUUCCACCACAGCCGCGAGCUGGUAUUCUGGUCGGACGUGACGCUGGACCGCAUCAUGAAAGCCAACCUCAACGGCUCCAACGUGGAGGAGGUCGUCUCCACCGGUCUGGAGAGCCCAGGUGGACUGGCCAUAGACUGGAUCCACGACAAGUUGUACUGGACAGACUCUGGGACGUCCCGCAUCGAGGUGGCCAACCUGGACGGGACGCACCGUAAGGUGUUGCUGUGGCAGAACAUGGAGAAGCCCCGAGCCAUCGCGCUGCACCCCAUCGAGGGUAAGAUCUACUGGACGGACUGGGGCAACACGCCGCGCAUCGAGUACGCCAACAUGGACGGCUCGAACCGCCGCGUCAUCGCAGACACGCACCUGUUCUGGCCCAACGGCCUCACCAUUGACUACGCCGGCCGACGCAUGUACUGGGUGGACGCCAAGCACCACGUCAUCGAGAGAGCAGACCUGGACGGGCGCAACCGCAAGGCCGUCAUCAGCCAUGGACUGCCGCACCCAUUCGCAAUCACCGUGUUCGAGGACAGCCUCUACUGGACCGACUGGCACACCAAGAGCAUCAACAGCGCCAAUAAAUUUACCGGCAAAAACCAGGAGAUCAUUCGCAACAAGCUGCACUUCCCCAUGGACAUCCACACCUUGCAUCCCCAGAGGCAGCCUGCAGGCGGCAAGAAUCGCUGUGGCAGCAACAACGGAGGCUGCAGCCACCUGUGUCUCCCCAGUAACAAGACGUACACCUGCGCCUGUCCCACCGGCUUCAAGAAGGUGGACCACCACAGCUGUGCCGACGGUCUUGACAAGUUCCUGCUUUUUGCCCGAAGGACGGACAUCCGACGAGUCAGCUUCGACACAGAGGACAUGUCCGACGAUGUCAUCCCUCUGGCCGACGUGCGCAAUGCCGUGGCGCUGGACUGGGAUGCCAAAGACAGCUACAUCUACUGGACGGACGUCACCACCGACUCCAUCAACAGGGCAUUGUGGAACGGCACCAAGCAGGAGGUGGUGGUGGACACAAGUCUGGAGAGUCCGGCAGGUCUUGCGAUUGACUGGGUGACCAGCAAACUCUACUGGACCGAUGCUGGUACUGAUCGUAUCGAGGUUUCCAACGCCGAUGGAAGCAUGCGGACUGUCCUCAUAUGGGAGAAUCUGGACCGGCCCAGGGACAUUGUUGUCGACCCGAUUGGAGGUUUCAUGUACUGGACCGACUGGGGUGCCAACCCAAAGAUCGAGCGUGCAGGAAUGGAUGCCUCCAGUCGCAUCGUCAUCAUCUCGUCCAACCUGACGUGGCCCAAUGGGCUUGCCAUCGACUACGAGACCCAGCGCCUGUACUGGGCCGACGCUGGCAUGAAGACCAUCGAAUAUGGCAACUUUGAUGGUUCUGACCGACAGGUUUUGAUUGGCAGCCAGCUGCCUCACCCCUUUGGCUUGACUGUAGAUGAGGACAAGCUGUACUGGACAGACUGGCAGUCCAAGAGCAUCCAGAGCGCCGAUAAGCUCACUGGCUUGGGCCGACACACACUGGCCGAAAAUCUGGAGAACCUCAUGGACAUUCACAUGUUCCACCGACUACGCAAGACAGUGCACAACCCGUGCUCUGUGAAUAAUGGAGGCUGCAGCCACCUCUGCCUCCUGGCUCCUGCUCCUAAAGCCUCCAGCUGUGCCUGUCCCACCGGGAUCAACCUGCAGAGCGACGGAAAGACUUGCACGCCUGGGAUGAGCAGCUUCCUGAUCUUUGCACGGAGGACAGACAUCAGGAUGGUUUCUUUGGAUAUUCCAUAUUUCGCUGAUGUGGUCCUGGCGGUCAAUAGCUCCAUGAAAAACACCAUCGCCAUCGGGGUGGACCCCAAAGAAGGGAAAGUGUACUGGUCUGACAGCACGCUGAAGAAAAUCAGCAGAGCCAACAUCGACGGGAAAGCACACGAAGAAAUCAUAUCUACAGGAUUGAUGACGACUGAUGGCUUGGCGGUGGAUGCUGUCGGCAGGAAGAUCUACUGGACGGACACGGGAACCAACCGCAUUGAGGUCGCCAACCUGGAUGGCUCCAUGAGGAAAGUUCUGGUCUGGCAAAACCUGGACAGCCCUCGAGCCAUCGCCCUCUACCAUGAGAUGGGUUACUUAUACUGGACCGACUGGGGAGAGCACGCUAAGUUGGAGCGCUCAGCGAUGGACGGAUCCGACCGUGUCGUCCUCAUCAGUAACAACCUGGGCUGGCCCAACGGCCUGGCCAUCGACAUGGCCGGCUCACAGUUACUGUGGGCCGAUGCUCACACUGAGCGUAUCGAGUCAGCCGACCUGAACGGCCAGAACCGCCGCACUCUCGUCACUCCGGUCCAGCACCCAUACGGUCUAACCCUGCUGGGCUCUCACAUCUACUGGACCGACUGGCAGAGCCGCAGCAUCCAGCGAGCCGACAAGAACACCGGGACCAACACCAUCACGGUGCGAGCCAACCUGCCAGGCUUGAUGGACAUCCAGGCUGUGGACAGGGAGAGGCCGCUGGGUUUUAAUAAGUGCGGCAGGAGGAACGGUGGCUGCACCCACCUCUGCCUGCCUCGUCCCAACGGCACGUCCUGUGCCUGUCCCACCGGCAUCCUGCUCAAGGGAGACGGCAGGUCCUGCGACGACUCCCCCGAGACUUACCUGCUCUUCUCCAACCGUGUCAGCGUGCGCAGAAUCUCCCUGGACACCAACGACCACACCGACGUUCACGUGCCGGUGCCCGAGCUGCACAACGUCAUCUCACUGGACUACGAUAGCGUGGACGGAAAACUUUACUACACCGACGUCACCCUGGACGUUAUAAGACGUGCAAACUUGGACGGCACUGGCAUGGAGACGGUGAUCAGCCAAGGCCUGAAGACCACAGAUGGGCUGGCCGUAGACUGGGUGGCAAGGAACAUGUAUUGGACCGACACCGGGCGCAACACCAUCGAGGUGGCCCGCCUGGACGGAACGAGCCGCAAAGUCUUGGUCAACAACAGUUUGGACGAACCCCGAGCCAUCGCAGUGUUCCCGAGCAAGGGGUUCCUGUUCUGGACUGACUGGGGUCACAUCGCCAAGAUUGAGCGGUCUCACCUGGACGGCUCGGACCGGAAGGUUCUGAUCAACACCGACCUGGGCUGGCCCAACGGCCUCACUCUGGACUACGACACACGAAGGAUCUUCUGGGUGGACGCCCACCUGGACAGGAUCGAGAGUUCGGACCUGAACGGGAAGCUGCGUCAGAUCCUCGUCAGCCCAGUCUCUCACCCGUUCGCCCUCACACAGUUGAAGCCGGUGUCCUCCCCUCUAACCCCUUUCUCCCGACUCUCGCAGCAAGACCGCUGGAUCUACUGGACGGACUGGCAGACUAAGUCCAUCCAGCGGGUGGACAAACACACCGGCCGUAACAAGGAAACUGUGCUGGCCAACGUGGAGGGCCUCAUGGACAUUAUAGUGGUAUCACCUCACAGACAGACAGGUACCAACCUCUGUGGGGUGAAUAACGGCGGCUGCACUCACCUCUGUUUUGCCAAGACCAACAGUUUUGUUUGCGCGUGUCCCGAUGAACCAGAUGGGCGACCCUGCUCCACCAUUUCAGGUUACAUCCCCACCGCUCCCGCCAGAGGAACCAGCAGCACUCCGGUCCCCAACAAGAUCCCCAAAGCUCCCACAGACACUCCGCACAGAGGACCGUCGCUGGUCAACUGCACUGACAAGAACAUGAACGACGAGGGCUGCCUGAGCAACGUGGUGACGGCUCCUCAUGGAGGAGGACUACACAUCAGCUACGUGAUCGGUGGAGUUCUGACCAUCCUGGCGAUUCUGAUCCUCAUCGCUGCUUUGAUUAUUUACAGGCAUAAAAAGUCAAAGUUCGCCGACCCGGGAGUGAGCAACCUGACCUACAGCAACCCCUCAUACCGGACGUCCACGCAAGAGGUCAAGAUCGAGGCGUCGCAGAAGCCUCCCAUAUACAAUCAGCUUCGAUAUAAGAAAGAGGGGGGAGUGGACGGAGGCUACACCAAGGAAAAGAUCCGCAUCGUGGAGGGCGUGUGUCUCCUGUCCAACGACGAGCUUUACUGGGACGACCUGAAACAGAUCAAGCCGUCUCGAGGCGGCCUGCACACCUGCAUGCGCACGGACACCGUGUCCCUGCAGGCCAGCAGCGCCUCACUAGACGACGGCGAGACGGAGCAGCUCCUCCAGGAGGAGGCGUCCGAAUGCUCCUCCAUAACCACCCUGACCCCCUCCGCCAUCACCCCGCAGCGUCACGCCCAGCACAGCCUGCCCGACACCGGCUGGGCCUCCACGCGCAAGCCCUCCACCGAGAGCGAAGUGUGAGGGAGGCCUCCUCCUCCCCCUCUCUCCCUCCCUCCCUCCUUGCCCUCCUUGCUUUGUCUCAACUUCCAUCAGUUAACACACACAUACACACACCUGUAUUUAUAGCUGGUACAAACACACAAAGAUAAAUAGGUGCAAACACGGUAACAGUUGCAUACGUAGAAUAACGGUACAUGUGAACCUGGUUAGACACAACUAAGUUCACAUAAACACAACUCCUGUCUCUGAAACUGGGGCUCCGUCCUACUUGUUACACACACACACACAUAUAUAAAUACACACACACAUGCAGUACAGUCCUCCAACAGUACCCUCAGUGAUACUGCCUUCAGGCAAAAUGAUAAACUAAUGAGCAUGCUGGAAUAACAAAGCGAAGGACUCUGGGGAGGAAGUGAACAGAGAGACACGAGCGUUAUCUGGAGCCUUUUUUUUUUUUUUUAAGAGGAUACAGACUCUGAACGCUUCUCUGUGUACGACUUCACCGUUUUAUUUUUCGUGAACUUUUCAUUUUUCCGUUGUUGUCGUCGGACAAAAAAAACAAACAAAAAACGACGUACUCCCCCGGACGAUGUAACCACGCCGCUCUCUCUCCCUCUAAUGCCACUCAUGUCUUUAUGAACUCUAUUUAUGAACUUUUUUUUUUUUUUUUCUACUUGUGGAGUGGGUUUGCUGACUUUACAGAGAAAAUGGCGAGAGUGUUGUGCUAGAACUUUGUGCAGCAAUACUCCGGGGGUAAUUCAAGAGUUGUAUUUAUGACAGUGCCAAAGGGUGGGGCUUCACAGAGGCUCCAUGCUUCUUUCCUGCAUUUACACUUCAAUAGAAAUGUAUGUUGAUUACGGGAUGUUUCAUUUUUGACUUUACUGACUUGCCCUAACCGGUGUGGGAGACCUCAGCGAUGACACCACCUUGCUUCUGUUUCCUUUUAGUUUUACACCCUCUCAACUGGUCAAGUGAGGACUUACUGUAGCUGCUGCUGUCGGCUGGUUGCAGGAGUCCAUUCAUCCUCUUGUGUUUUUGUUUUUUUGCUGAUGCUCUGGCAUAGCAGAGGAAGCCACGAUGAAGUAACAGCCUAAGUGCCAAACAUUUCGUUCUCUUUCCUCCUUCAGCUGUAUAUUUAUUUUUUUUCUCAGAGGUUUUUAAAAAAAUGUUCGUGACAUUCGUUUCUACUUUUGGGUUCGCUCGCCCAGACAUGUACCACAAGCGCUGCCCAGCCAUGCAGAUAGCUGUGGUUUUAUUUAUCCAAGUGUUUAAUAUAUAUAUAUUUUGUUUCAAUAUGUCUCUGGGAUUUCUUCUGCUCCAAAACACUGGGGUUUUCUUUGGAACUACUUUCUCAAUGUAAGCGUUUAUUUCAUUGUUCCUGGUAAACGGUUACCUAUGACAGCACUUACUAAUACAAUUUGACGCUCCGGGAGUUUGUGAAUUAUUACACGCUAUUGUCCCAUAUCCAUGUUAUAUCCACCAACUUUAUCUACCACUGUCAUGUCUCCAGUUUUAAUCUCAGCUGUCUAAGAAAAACAAUCUCAUACCUCGCCACAUGGAGGCACACUGCUCUUAGGCUUGUGUGAAAUUCUGUUUUUUCUUUUAAAAGGUGCUACAGACAUAAAAAAAAUAUUGGCUACAGAACAAUAUUACAUCAUUUUGACAAUAAAAUAUCAUCCCCGUUUUAAGUAUUUAACUGAACUGGGCAAGAUAAUGUUGAAAAGAUUGUGUUGUGGGCUUAGAUUUGUGGAUAUCGGCAUCAUUACAAAUGUUAAUGUGAUUUUCUUACAACAGUUCCAGUCUCUCUAAUGUUUUGGAGGUUGUUUCAGAGGCGAAUAUAUAUCUAUAUAUCAAACACUUGACACGUACGACCAAAGAUAUCUGCGUGGCCAAACGGCGCCCGAGGUAAACGAGAAACAUUUGUUCUUCUUGUAAAUUUGAGUUCUGAUCCAUCUACUCUAAAACCUGUAAUGCAAAAGGUGUACUCGCAGUAUCUGCCACAGUACAGCGUAACAACUUAGGAACACUGUGCAUGUCUGACCUCAUCAGACAGUGAGGGUUAUAGUUUAGAAAUAUAUCACUGACAUCUUACUGAAAAAUGAAUUUAAUACAAAUAAAGAUAUUAUGCAUUGCUUUAACGUUAGAGUACCAUUCUGUCUGUCGUUUGAAAUAUGGUACAAGGAAAUACUAUAUUGCUAUAUUGACAAAUAUAUCGGUUAGACUUUACAGAACCAUGUAUUUUGAAGUAUCUGCUAACAAGCUCAGCAACUCGCUUGCUGAUUUGCUGCUAGACGAAGCACUGAGGCCAAUGAAAGAGGGUCUUGGCAGCUACAUAACUACGGUCUCUGACGGUUGGUUGACAGUAGGCCUACAGAGCAUCACAGCGACCCGGUUAACCAAUCAUCCUGGCUCACAGUCCCUCCAACUUCUGCUGCAGGAAUGCUCAAACUGUACAGAUUUUAUCAUGAGGAUAUAAGCAAACAUUUCUGUUGAAGAUAUUGCAUUGAUUAAGUUGUAUAGUCUUUUGUACAAAGGGAUUUCAUGACUGUUUUUAGACUUGUAUUAAUUUUACUCACUGGAGAAGAACUUUUUGUUUUUGUUUUGUUUGUUUUGUUUUUUUUUUGUUUUUGCUGGAUUAUUUUAACCACUGUGUUUCUAAGCCUUGUAAAUGAUGAUAGGGAAGAUGCCAGUUAUUUAAUAGUGCUCUUUUAUCUUAUGAAAUACUGGUCGCGUAUAGCUGUUGUAAAGUUAACAAAAAGAGGUAUUUAUGAUUUCUGUUUGGUUGUCACUUGAUGUGUAAAUAUGAAAAAGACUGUAUAUGUAUUUCCAUGGCAGUACUAACAAGCUGUGUUGUGUGAUAUAGUGAAUUAUCCCUUUGCUAUCUUUUAAUAUAAAAUUGCAUUUGCAUUUCAAUGAAA